AAGAAAGUAAAAGUGGAAACUUGUCAUCCCUUACCAGUGGACUGACUGCCUUGGCCAUGAAUACCGGCGGAAUCUACAACGCUUCUCUGCUUCUCUCUUCAACUGAGCUAAAGCUCUACCUUUUCCCGUUCAUAUCCAAUUCCAGAUCAAAGUUGAAAUUUUCUCGAAAACCUGCUCCGGCGAUUUCUUGCGCAUCCUCUAUUCCUCCUCCUGAAGAAAAUGACCAUAAAAGGAGGAGAUUGGUUAUGUCAAUGGGGAUAAUUCCAGUUUUUCUUCAUCUUAACGAUUCGUUCAUGGGAACAGUUGCUAAUGCCGAUGAAGAUAGUUUUCUAGUGGAGGAAAUAAAGAAGAUUCUGACCAAAGGAAAGGCAGCUGGUAUACUUCGUUUAGUUUUUCAUGAUGCAGGAACUUUCGAAAUUGAUUCAAAUACAGGAGGUAUGAAUGGUUCCAUAAUAUAUGAACUAGACAGACCAGAAAAUAAAGGACUUAAGAAGUCUGUCAAGAUUUUAGAGAAAGCUAAAGAACAAGUGGAUAUGAUGAAACCAGUGUCGUGGGCAGAUAUGAUUGCUGUGGCAGGAGCUGAAGCUGUUUCCUUGUGUGGUGGUCCGAAAAUCCCAGUUAGAUUAGGUCGAAUAGAUGCAUUGGUGCCUGAUCAGGAAGAUAAACUUCCUUCAGAAUCAUUGAAUGCCAUUGAACUGAAACAGAGUUUUCAGAAGAAAGGAUUCAAUACUCAAGAACUUGUUGUGCUGUCUGGUGCUCAUACUCUUGGAAGCAAAGGUUUUGGAAACCCAAAUACAUUUGAUAAUUCAUAUUUUAAAAUUCUUCAACAGAAGCUAUGGUCGACAUCUUCAGGUGGAAUGGGAAGCAUGAUUGGGCUUCCUUCAGAUAGAUCGCUUGUUGAUGAUAAGGAAUGUUUAAGGUGGAUUUCCAAAUAUGCUGAUAAUGAGGAGUUGUUCUUUGAGGAUUUUAAGAAAGCAUAUAUCAAGCUUGUGGAUUCAGGUGCCAAGUGGAAAACAUUUUUGUGAAACUCUAUAAAGAAUUGUGCCUUUAUUGUUGUAAUAUAGUUUCAUAUCAAUAUAACAUUCCCAAUUCGGCGCGAUUUGCUCGAAGAAGAAGAAAU